AUGGACGUCGUGGGACGGGCGAAGACGACCGCGCGGUCGUCGUCGACGUCGAGCGCGCGCGACCGUGAUCGCGCGCUCGAACGCGCGCGAUGUCGACGACGACGACGGUCGAGCGCGGCGGCGACGACGGUGGAAUCGGUCGAGCUCUUGGACGGAGUGGUUGACGAGCGAACGAGGACGACGGAGACGACGGAGACGACGACGAUGGAACGGGUGAAGAGUCGAAGGUCAACGCUCGCGAUGUUCAGCGCGAUGGUGCCGAUCGCGAUGGCGACGGAGGCGAUGGCGGCGACGGACGGGGCGAGCGCGCUCGACGCGGAGCGCGCGUUUGAGCAGACGUUUCCGACUCUGUUUCGACCAUUCCUAGGCGAGGGAUACAGGGAAACGAGGAAGCGGGAGAUCGUUCCGAACGUUUUGUGGGCGUUAGAACAAAACAUCGAGCUCGGACCGCUGGAGACGGUCAUUCGAUGCGUGGUGAUUAGGUUGAGAGACGGCACGUUGUGGGUGCACGCGCCGCUGGCGCCGACGGAGGAGUUUUUUAAAAUGGUAGAAUCGUGCGGAGAGGGCGGUGCGAGCGCGGUCGCGCACGUCGUCGUCCCCACGUACGCGCUUGAGCAUAAAAUCUACACCAAGGACGCGCUCAAGAGGUGGAAGUCGGCCACGCUCGCGACGGCGCCGGGGCAGUUCACGUUUCCUUUCAGAGACGUUUCGGACGGCGUCGUGUUCGGUAAGCGCGUUGAUUACGUCCUGGAGGGGAAUGAUCUUACGUCCAGUGCACCGUGGAAGGAUGAGAUUGAAUUCGAGACCCUUCGCGCGGGCGCUUUCGACGUCGGCGCGAACUCGCAGAUCAUUUACGAGACGGCGUUCUUCCACAAGGCGAGUAAGACGCUCGUCGUCACCGACGCCUUGGCACAAAUUCCGAUCGAACCGCCCGAGUCGAAUUCAGUAGAUAAGUUAUUAGUCGUCUCUCAGCGUUCGACCGCGGAUUCCGUGCCCGAGGACACGCGAGAGGCGAGACAGAUUGGUUGGGAGAAGACGGCGCUCUUGGUGAACUACUUUUUCCCCGAGCACGAGGAGCUCGAUCCGAGCCACCCGGGCGUGGUGAUUUGGACCGACGGUUGGCACGAAAACUUUCAGGCGUUGGCAGGACGAUUACUCGUACCUCCGGUCGUGCGCACGCUUCUGUACGCGCAAGACCCGAGCUCGGUGAAAGAUUGGGUGCGUCGAGUCGCCGUUCGCUGGGAUCCCGAGCGCGUCGUUCCGGCGCAUUGGGAAGCUCCCGUGGCGAUCGAUCGCGAGCGUUUCGAGCGUUGUUUCGCGUUUUUGGACGACGAAUCCAUCGAUGCGUUCAAUCCACGCGAUCUCGAGCGCGGUCUCACCCCGGUCGCGAACGCCGCGUUGAAGAGAAAGUAG